CCGGUUCUUCUAAUCGGCGAUUUGCUUUCCGUCGACGGCGGAUUUGUCUUCCGAUUCAUCGGAUCUUCUUGUUUCUUCGUUAUGGCAGAUAAGGAUCUCUGGAUUUCACUCCAAAACCUCAACCUUGGAUUAGAGCGUAGCCCUGUAAAGCUCUCAAUCGAAGCCAAUCGGAAGAGGGAUGCUGCUCACCGUCUCAGUCUCGUCGUUAAAGGCCUGCACUCAUCGCAAAACCCAGCCGGAAUCAAGAUUAUGAUGCCGAAAAUAUGGAAGCUUGAAGGGAGAGUUACUAGCCGAAUCAAUGAGGAUGGGACAGUUCAAUUCUUCUUCGCGCAAGAGCAUCAGAUGCUCACAAUUCUUGAUAAUGGCCCCUGGACAUAUAAAGAUUGGUUAGUGGUGGUGGAUCAAUGGACGCGAAGAAACUCACCUGACUACCUCCGAAUUAUCCGUUUUUGGAUUAAGGUCCUCAACAUCCCAGAUGAUUCUAAGGAGGACAGGUCAAUCAGGGAGAUUGGAGGUGUUCUAGGUCAUGUUGAGGAUAUUCAUAUCCAGCAGCCUAUUGCUGAUCAUGCGGGUGAGGUUUGGAUUAGGAUACCAAUUGAUAUUGAUGUGCGUUUGAUCUUUGCUCGCUAUUUCAGCAUUCCUGAUUCUGAGGCUCCAGUACUAAUUCGUUUCAUCUAUGAUAAGCUUAGAAAAUUCUGUUCAGCUUGUGGUAGCCUCACUCAUCUUGCAGCAACUUGUACCUUUCAAGCCCAAGGAACUGAGCAGCUUCAGCUUCCUGCUCCACCUCAGAGGCCAAAUCAGGACCCCCCUCCAAGUAAUCUGAAUCAGAUGGAGAAUAUACCUCAUUCUCCUAUAGAAGUAGCUGAUGAUACUAUGGGGGAGACAGUGGGUUCUAACAUCAACAUGGAUACUUCUGAUAAUCAGAAUUUUAAUGAAGCUCAAGGAGAAUUUAUGGAUACUCUCAAUUCAGGGGACUUGCAGGAUAAAAUCAAUGCAACUUUUGUAAUUCGAGAGAUUGGUUCAGUUUCAGUACCAGCCCCAGAUAGAGGGACUAAGCGUAAAGGAGAUGCUGUAAAUGAGGAGGGUGAGGUCUCAACUACUCGAAGGAAAAUUCAAGGUCAGUCUUCAGCAACACCGGCUAAAGGGGAGGUGGACACCCCGAAGCCACCACUGCCGGAAUGAAGAUACUACAUUGGAAUUGUCAGGGUUUGAGGAACCCCCUGACAAUUCCAUAUUUAAAGGAUAUCAAUCGGAAGCACAGGAUUGAUAUUCUGUUCCUCGUGGAAACGAAGAAUAAAGAUGAUUAUGUAUAUCAAUUAGGCAAAGAUCUUCAGUUUACCCAUCAAUUUUUGGUCUCUCCAGAUGGGACUCGUGGCGGUUUAGCAAUUUUUUGGCGUGAUACAGUGAAAUGUGAUUUCCUUCAGACUCCAUCACUUCAUUGUACUGAUAUGUACAUAACGGAAGGAUCAGCCACCUUUUUUAUGACUUAUAUCUAUGGAAACCCUGAGAGAAAACCUAGGCAGCAAUUGUGGCAACAAAUAUAGGAACUUGUUCAAGCAGGCCUCUAUCAAGGCAAGCCUAGAGUUGUAAUUGGAGACUUUAACGAGAUCAAGAGCAAUGAUGAGAAGGUUGGAGGGCAAAUAGACCGGAUUGGCAGCUUGUUAACUUUCAAAGAAUGUUAAACAUCUCUGGACUUCAUGAAAUCAGAACAUUUGGAGGUUCUUUUACUUGGAUUGGUAACAGGUCAUGUGGCACAAUUAAAUCUAAGCUGGAUAGAGCAGUAGCUACUGUAGACUGGCACGAACUAUACCCAAAAGCUUUUGUCCAGCUGCUUAAUUGGUGUGGUUCUGAUCACAGACCUUUGCUUUUACAAACAGAAGAUCGGAAAUGGAAAGGUAAAAAACUCUUUAGAUAUGAUAACAGAUGGAGAUAUAACCCGGAGGUGCAUCAAGUUGUCCAGAACAUUUGGCAAAACAAGUGUAAUCACCUUUCACCUCAGGAAUUCAAUGAAGCUCUAAGGAGAUGCAGAAGCGGGCUGACACAAUGGAAGGCAGAGAAUAAUCAUAAUUCCCAAAAGAAAAUCCAGCAACUUCAACAGGCGUUGCAACAGGCUUACGAUUCUCCUCUUCUGGAUAACAAUUACAUUGCUGAGCUCAAGUUAAAACUCCAACAUGAAUAUCAGCUUGAAGAAGAGUAUUGGCGUACGAAAAGUCAUAUUCAAUGGCUGCAGCUGGGGGAUAAGAAUACGCGCUACUUCCAUGAAAGAACAAAGCAGCGGAGAUCACAUAAUCGAAUAACUUCUAUUGAAGAUGGUAGUGGCAAUAUCAUAAUCGAUGAGAAGGAGAUUCAGGAGAUUAUUUGCAAUUAUUUUGAACAAUUAUAUUCCUCAGCAGGCGUGCAUCAUCUUGACUCUGUACUUCAACAUAUACAGCCUAGAGUCACGCCAGAGAUUAAUAGUAGACUGACGGAGCCUGUAACAGAUGAGGAGAUAUUCCAAGCUUUAUCGCAUAUGAAUGUUGACAAAACGCCAGGUCCUGAUGGAUUCAAUGUGGGCUUUUAUCGAUAUCAUUAGGAUGCCAUCAAAUCAUGUGUGAUUAAUUUCAUUAAAGCUUUCUUUCAAACUGGCUAUUUAGAUCCUAAUAUUAAUCACACUUACAUCUGCCUAGUACCAAAAGUUGAGUCCCCAACCCAGGUCAAAGAUUUUCGACCAAUUAGCUUAUGCAAUGUAGCAUAUAAGCUAAUAUCUAAGAUCUUGGCAGAUAGACUGAAGCCAUGGUUACAUUCUAUAAUCUCAGAAUGUCAAUCUGCCUUCAUUCCAGGGCGUUUAAUAACUGACAAUGUUAUCAUAGCUCAUGAGCUUCUGCAUUCUCUUACUACUAAAAAGAUGAAAACUCCAUUUAUGGCUUUAAAAUUGGAUAUUGCAAAAGCUUUUGAUAAAGUUGAAUGGAAUUUCUUGACAGCUUUAUUAAGGCAUUUUGGUUUUGCAGAGCAAUGGUGUCAGUGGGUAAUGAGAUGUGUCUCCUCCGUGACGUAUUCUGUUCUAGUUAAUGGUUCUCCUACAAAAAAGAUUCACCCCCAGAGAGGCUUAAGGAAAGGUGAUCCAAUUUCGCCUUACUUAUAUCUUCUUUGUACAGAGGGACUCUCUUCUCUCCUUAACUAUGCCAUGGACACCAAGUCUAUUCAAGGCUUUAAAGCUAGCAGGGGCGGUCCUCCAAUUUCUCAUAUGUUCUUUGCUGAUGAUUCCCUUAUUUUUUGUCAAGCUGCAGAGCAUCAGUGUCAACAUCUACUCCAAAUUCUUCAAAGUUAUGCUGCAGGCUCGGGUCAACAUGUCAAUUUUCAAAAAUCUGCAAUAGUGUUUGGUAAGACUGUCCCCCCUGAGGUUCAACAGAGUAUCAUAAACUUAACAGGAAUAAAAAAAGUUGGAGGUUUUGGGCGUUAUUUGGGGCUGCCUGAGGCAGUAGGCAGAAAUAAGUACAAUGCUUUCUCCUAUAUCAUUCAAAGAGUGAAAAAUAAGCUAGAAAGUUGGUACUCGAAAUUCUUAUCUCAGGCAGGGAAAGAAGUACUUAUUAAAUCAGUGGCUACUGCUCUUCCUACCUAUAGUAUGUCUUGUUUUUUGCUACCUAAGAAACUUGUUAAUCAACUUUCAGCUCUAAUUCGGCGAUAUUGGUGGUCAAGCUCAAAGGACAAGAGUAAAAUCCCUUGGGUUAGCUGGAAUCAAAUGACUAAAUUAAAGCAACAUGGAGGUAUGGGGUUCAGGGAUCUAUUUAAAUUCAACAUUGCAUUGCUUGCUAAGCAAAGUUGGCGCAUACUGAAGGAGCCGCAUUCUUUAUUAAGCAGAGUAAUUAAAGCUAAAUAUUACUCUAAGUCUAAUCUUAUGAAUGCAAAAAUAGGCCAUCGACCGAGCCAUGCUUGGAGAAGUAUCUAUCAGGGUACUCAGCUUAUUAAGCAAGGUCUUCGAUGGAGAAUUGGUGAUGGUGCUACUGUAGAAAUAUGGUCUGACCAAUGGCUAGACACUCCUCCUAGACCUGCUCGGCCUGCCAGCAAUGCAUCAGGAGGGUAACUUCGUGCUUCAGAUCUAAUGCUGGCCAAAUCAAACACCUGGGAUGAUAGGAAACUACAUCAGUUAAUUCACCCAGAAGAUAUUCAUUUGAUUAAGAAGAUUCGUCCAAAUCUGGUUCAAUCCCCUGACACUCCCACCUGGAUCUACACAAAGGAUGGUCACUACUCAGUUAAAUCAGGUUACCAUCAACUCACUAAACCCUCCUCUGUAAAUUCCAAUGCUCCUUUACGCAUAAAUCAACUUUGUAAAUCCAUAUGGGCCCUUAAUGUCCCACCAUAAAUUAAACAUUUCUGGUGGCGACUUCUUCAUAAUGCCCUUCCAGUUGCAGAGACUUUGGCUCACAGGCAUUUACGGGUCUCACAAGAAUGCUUAUUCUGCGGCGAAGCAAGAGAGUCUGUUUCUCAUAUCUUUUUCCAAUGUCGUGUGGCAAAAGAAAUUUGGGAGUUAUCGCCGGUUCACAUUGUUGCAGAUGCCUCUUGGAUAAAUCAAGAUAGUAAAAUUGGUGUUGGGUGGAUGCUACAUGACUCGCUUGGCCGAUAUAUACUCCAAGGAAGUGCAUCUUUAGAACCAACUCAAUCAGUCCUUGAAGCAGAAGCUCUUGCGCUUAGAGAAGCUUUGAUUCAUCUGAAGCGGCUCAACUACCAGAAUGUCACAUUUUGUGGAGACUCUUACUCUUUAUAUGGAUAUCUGGAAGGCAAUAUGCAUAAGAAGCUUCAGAUCAGGGGACCAAGCGAAAUUCAAGCUUAUCUGCAGGAUAUUUCAAAGUUGGCCCAUGUUUCUUACCAAUUCCGUUUCAUUAAUAGAGCAGCUAAUGUUUUAGCUGAUACCUUA